AUCAUCAGAUUAUUCUUAGUUAUUACUUAUUAGCGUUAUUAUACAUAAAUAUGAACGUAACCUAUAAAGAAAUUAGAAACUAGUUUUGUAUGCGGGACUCUGAUUUCUUAAUGAAAUUAUAUGUAAAUCAAUCAUGGAAUUAGGUGUAUUGGAGCAAAAUGACACGAAACGAAGUAAUCGGCUUUCAACUUUAGGUAAAACACUUAUAUACGCCACUGGUGGUCUAGCAGUUGGUGUUAGUGUUAUUUGUAUACCAUUUGUUUCGCCAGCCUUCAGAAAAGUAUGCCUUCCAUAUGUGCCUGCAACUACAGAACAAUUGCUAGGAGUCACAAGGGCAUUAAAGGGUCGCACAGGGAAUUUAUUAGAUGUUGGGUCGGGUGAUGGCCGAAUUGUUUUCACAGCUGCAAAAUUGGGAUUCAAAGCACAUGGAGUGGAGCUAAAUACAGUGUUAGUGUGUUACUCCCGUAUAGCGGCACUCUUUAACCGUCAGUAUCACAAUACAAGAUUUUUUAAGAAAAAUCUUUGGAGUUUUGAAUUAAAACCUUAUAAUAAUAUAGUGAUAUUUGGAGUAGAACAAAUGAUGCAAGAAUUUGAAAAAAAGGUCACGCAGGAAGUGAAUAAUGGAACUGUUAUUGUUGCAUGCAGAUUUCCUUUACCAAACAUGGUGCCUAUAGAAACAAUCGGUCAUGGUGUUGAUACUGUGUGGAAAUAUAUUAUAAAAAGAUAAAAUAUAUCCAUUUUAAUGAAUUCUUAGAAACUAGAUAAUAUAUAUACAUUUAAAAUCGA